UGUUGUUGUCUUUUGUUACUUUUGUUUGUAAUCACAGAAUUUGCGUUUUCAGAGAUUUUACAUAAUUUUACAUAGUUUUUUCAAGCGGUUUACAUUCCUAAUUCUCGAUCCUGUUCAAUAGUAUCAAUUUUUGUUGUUUAAUCAUACAGCGAUGGAGGGAAAAACGGAGUUACAAAGGAACUUCAUCGCGGAAGCCCGCCGCAAAGAGCUGGAGUCGUUCCAGCGAGCCCUGGACAUCCAAUGGCUAAACAGCCGGAUGGAAGACGGCAGGAUGGGCCGGUGCCUGGCUCUCAUACAACGCGAGGCUGAGAUGGAGAAGGAUUUUCAGGAGAGAACUGACCAUGCAGCAAUAGUCAAUGCCAGGGCACAAAAAGAGACAGCCCUCGGCAUCGAGGUAGCCAAGGUCCGUCGGGAGGAGGCCUGCGAACUCCUACGGAGGCACUACUUGCGGGAGAGAGACCCCAGCUUGAGGGAGCUGUUUAAGAAGUUGCAGGCUGGAUAUGUCUGCCGAGAUCUGAGACAGCAGAUUCAGAAUAAUGAGUACAAGAGACUGCAGGACAAGGCAGAAGAACAACACGCCAACUUCGUUCUCCGCAACGCUCUGUACAACGAUCACGAAGCUAAAGAGAGGGAAGAAAGAGAGAAGAUGGAAAGAAAUAGCCGAUACUGCAAGGAGUUACAGCAGCAGUUAGUCAACAGGCAGCGCCAGAAACAGUGCCAAUAUGAAGACUCGCUGAUUGAGAAGAAGAUGUUGGAUGAGAUCAUGAGGACCAUAUCUGAUGAGGAUAAGAGAGAACUCCAACAGAAGCACGACCAAAUGGAGAAGAUGCGGCGCGAGAUGGUGACUUUCCAGAAGGCGAGAGAAGCGUGGCGGCAGAAACAGAAGCAGAUGGUCGUCAUCGAGGAGCGGCAGAUCGAGCAGCAGAGGCAGGCCGUUGCUGACAGAAGCUCUGCUAUAAUUGCCGAAAGGGAGCGCAAGAUGCGUAUGAAGGAAGAACUGAACCAGAAAAUUGCUGCCAAAAUAUUAGCAGAUGAGGCAGCCCGUCAAGACCGCGAGAACAUAAUAAAGAUGCUUCAAGAACAAGAGUUCUUAGAAAAGAACGUCCAAGACGAUAUCGCCGCGCGUGCCAAACAGGAGCGAGUGCGAACGGAUACCAAAUCGGCUCUUACGGGUCAGAUGGAUACCAGGAAGCGACUGGCGCAAGAACAGAGGGAGAGAGAGGCUGAGUUUAGGAAGGAGAGCGAAGCAAAAAUGGCCGCUGAAAACGAGAAAGAGCGCGAAAAACAGCGAAAGAAGAAAGAAAAGAACCGAGCUUAUUCCACCGAACUACUAAAACAGAUUCAGAGUAACGCCGCGCGCCGCGAGAAAGACCGCGUCUUGGAGGAGAACCGCGCCAAGCAAGUGUGGGACCACGACAAGAACUGGCGUUCAGAAGUAGCCCAAGAACGCGAGAAGAUCGUCGAAGAACACGUGCCCUACCUACUCGGCUAUCUCCAGGCCGGCGUGGUCAAGCCCGAGGACUUGCCCGCCGUCCAGCGCGGCGCCGCACAGCAUGACGAGCUGAAGACGCUGGAUGUGGCUUCCCUGGUGUCAGCGAGGAAGGCUAAGACGCAUCCGAAGUGCAACAAGCAGUGCAGGAUCAUCAGGGAGUACUAAUAGGCCCGGUUUUUCUAUUGCCUCAUGCCAAGACCCAUCCAAAGAAGACCAAUUUACAGCCUUGCAAGACUAACUAGCUUCUCUUUCUCAUUUGUCAUAAGAGCUACUCCCUGCCAAGUAUCAUAAGUAGUGCCGCAUCUUCAGGGAGCAUUAUUAGGCCCGACAUUUUUAUUGCUCCAUGCCAAGACCCACCGAAAGUGCACUAUUUUUCCAUUGCGUCUCACCAAGACACAUCCCAAGUGUAAUAAAGAGUGCUGCGUCUUCAGGGAGUACUGAUCGGCCCGACAUUUUUAUUGUUCCAUGCCAUGACCCACCCAAAGUGCACCAAUUUUCCGUAGCGCCUCACUAAAAUAUUACCAAAAGCGAAAUAAACAGUGAAGCAUCUUCAGGGACCAUUAUUAGGCCCGACAUUUCUAUUGGUCCUUGUCAACCCACCUAAAGUACAAUAGACAGUGCCAGAUCAUCAGGGAAUACUAUUACGCCCGACAUUUCUAUUGCUCCAUGCCAAGAUCCACCCAAAGCGUACCAAUUUUCCAUUGCGCCACCAAGACACACCCCAAGUUUAACCAGCAGUGCUGGACCAUCAGGGAGUGCUAUUAGGUCCCUUCUAUCACGUCCCUACCUGCUCGGCUGCCUGCAGGCCGGCGUGGUCAAGCCCGAGGACUUGCCCGCCGUCCAGCGCGGCGCCGCACAGCAUGACGAGCUGAAGACCCUGGAUGUGGCUUCCCUGGUGUCAGCGAGGAAGGCUAAGACGCAUCCGAAGUGCAACAAGCAGUGCAGGAUCAUUAGGGAAUACUAAAUAGCCUUACUUUUUCAUUGGGCAUCAUCAGGGAGUAUUAAUAGGGCCCACAUUUCUAUUGCUCCAUGCCAAGACUCACCCAAAAUGCACCUCUUUUCUGUUGCGUCUCACCAAGACAUCCCAAGUGUAAUAAAGAGUGCUGCGUCGUCAGGGAGUACUAAUAGGCACGGCAUUUCUAUUGCUCCGUCCUAUGACCCACCCAAAGUGCACCAAUUUUCCGUCACGCCUCACCAAGAUGUUACCAAAAGCGAAAUAAACAGUGAAGCACCUUCAGGGAGCAUUAAUAGGCCCGACAUUUCUAUUGGUCCUUGUGAACCCACCCAAAGUACAAUAAGCAGUGCCAGAUCAUUCGGGAGCACUAUUAGGCCCGACAUUUAUAUUGCUCUAUGCCAAGAUCCAACCAAAGCGUACCAAUUUUCCAUUGCGCCUCACCAAGACACAUCUCAAGUUUAACCAGCAGUACCGGAUCAUUAGGGAGCACUAUUAGGUCCCUCCCUAUCACGUCCCUACCUGCUCGGCUGCCUGCAGGCCGGCGUGGUCAAGCCCGAGGACUUGCCCGCCGUCCAGCGCGGCGCCGCACAGCAUGACGAGCUGAAGACCCUGGAUGUGGCUUCCCUGGUGUCAGCGAGGAAGGCUAAGACGCAUCCGAAGUGCAACAAGCAGUGCAGGAUCAUUAGGGAAUACUAACAAGCCUCACUUUUUCAUUGGGCAUCUUCAAGGAGUGCUAAUAGAUCCCACAUUUCUAUUGCUCCAUGCCAAGCAAGACUCGCCCAAAAUGCACCACUUUUCUGUUAUGCUUCAUCAAGACACAUCCCAAGUGUAAUAAAGAGUGCCGCGUCUUCAGGGAGUACUAAUAGGGACAUUUCUUUUGCUCCAUGCCAAUAUCCACCAAAAAUGCACUAAUUUUCUGUAGCGCCUCACCAAGAUGUUACCAAAACUGAAAUAAACAGUGAAGCAUCUUCAGGGAGCACUAAUAGGCCCGACAUUUCUAUUGCUCCAUGCCAUGACCCACCAAAAAUGCACCAAUUUUCCGUUGCGCCUCACUAAAAUGUUACCAAAAGUGAAAUAAACAGUGAAGCAUCUUCAGGGAGCAUUAUUAGCCCUAAAUAGGUUUACUUUCCCAUUGGUAAUAGGGGUCUCUCAAGACCUAUCUAAAGCGUAAUAGACAGUGAAGCAUCUUCAGGGAGCAUUAAUAGGCCCGACAUUUCUAUUGCUCCAUGCCAUGACCCACCCAAAAUGCAUCACUUUUCUGUUAUGCCUCACCAAGACACAUCCCAAGUGUAAUAAGAAGGGUCGCGUCUUCAGGGAGUACUAAUAAGCCCGACAUUUCUAUUGCUCCAUGCCAAGACCCAUCCAAAGUGCACCAAUUUUCCGUUGCGCCUCACCAAGAUGUUACCAAAAGCGAAAUAAACAGUGAAGCAUCUUCAGGGAUCAUUACCAGGCCCGACAUUUCUAUUGGUCCUUGUCAACCCACCCAAAGUACAAUAAGCAGUGCCACAUCAUUAGGGAGUACUAUUAGGCCCGACAUUUCUAUUGCUCCAUGCCAAGAUCCACCCAAAGCGUACCAAUUUUCCAUUGCGCCUCACCAAGGCACAUCUCAAGUUUAACCAGCAAUGCUGGACCAUCAGGGAGUGCUAUUAGGUCCCUUCUAUCACGUCCCUACCUGCUCGGCUGCCUGCAGGCCGGCGUGGUCAAGCCCGAGGACUUGCCCGCCGUCCAGCGCGGCGCCGCACAGCAUGACGAGCUGAAGACCCUGGAUGUAGCUUCCUUGGUAUCAGCGAGGAAGGCUAAGACGCAUCCGAAGUGCAACAAGCAGUGCAGGAUCAUCAGGGAAUACUAAUAGGCCCGGUUUUUCCAAAGAAGACCAAUUUACAGCCUUGCAAGACUAACUAGCUUCUCUUUCUCAUUUGUCAUAAGAGCUACUCCCUGCCAAGUGUCAUAAGUAGUGCCGCAUCUUCAGGGAGCAUUAUUAGGUCCGACAUUUCUAUUGCUCCAUGCCAUGACCUACCCAAAAUGCACCACUUUUCUGUUAUGCCUUACCAAGACUCAUCCCAAGUGUAAUUAAGAGUGCCAGAUCAUUAGGGAGUACUAAUAGGCACGGCAUUUCUAUUACUCCGUCCUAUGACCCACCCAAAGUGCACCAUUUUUCUGUAGCGCCUCACCAAGAUGUUACCAAAAGUGAAAUAAACAGUGAAGCAUCUUCAGGGAGCAUUAAUAACAAACAGCAUGACGAGCUGAAGACAUUAGAUGUAGCUUCGUUGGUGACGGCGCGGAAGGCUAAGACGCAUCCGAAGUGAACAAGAAGUGCAGGAUUAAUAGGGAGUAUUAAUAGGCCCCACUUUUCCAUGAAGCUCAAAUGUAAGUCCCUACUAUUCCCCAUCACAAUUGUAAUACGCAGUGCAGCAUCAUCAGAGAGUAUUUAUAGGUCCCACUUUGCCAUUGGAUCUAACGGUAAGUAACCAGGGCCCCGUAGCCGACGAAGUAUCCAUUUUUAUUUUUAUAGUGACGACUUGUGAAUUUUUUUACAACAAUACUUAAAUUGUAAUUUAUUUCUUUUUAACCCUUCAAAUAUCCAAGGUUGAGUUUUAUAACCGUUAAACAGAAAGGGGAUUAUUAUAAUAUGUUAAUAUUAGUACAUGUUCGUAAAAUAUAAUGUAACUAUUCAUAGUUAAAAUGUAACCGAAUGUUGGUAACCAAAUGUGAAAUUCUAAGCCAAAUGUGUAAGACUGACUAUUGUAUUUGUAUGUUAUUUUAACAAGUAUUAUUCUAAAAUCCGUCCUAUUUUGUGAUGUACUUAAAUGUAGCAUGUAUUAAAAAUAUUUCUUGAAAUAAAUUAAUAAUACCCUUU